CCACCAACUCUCCUCCCUCCCUUCUCGAUAUAAUCUAUCCACCCCGAAGAAACACACCCCCUAAUUCUUCUCCCUCCCAAGUCCCCACCAACACCACUACCAGAAGAGAGUCAUGGCUUCUUCUUCUUCCCUCACUCUCUCCCAGGCCGUUCUCGCCGGCUCCAUCCCUCGCCAUGGCUCUUCCAACCCCCACCUCCCUUCUGUUUCCUUCCCCACAUUUUCUGGCCUUAAAUCCGCCCCCUCCACAACCACCACUGCUACCUCCCGCCGCCGCAGUCCCUCCGUCCCAACAGCGGGUCGACGCCAAGCCCAGGUCUUGGCCUCAGCUGCAGUAGAAACUCUGGAGAAAACCGACACGGCCCUUUUAGAAAAGUCCAUCAAUACCAUCCGUUUCUUGGCCGUCGAUGCUGUCGAGAAGGCUAAUUCCGGUCACCCGGGUCUACCCAUGGGUUGUGCUCCAAUGGGUCAUAUUCUUUAUGAUGAGGUCAUGAAGUAUAAUCCCAAGAAUCCUUAUUGGUUCAACAGGGACCGGUUUGUUCUCUCAGCCGGCCAUGGAUGUAUGCUUCAGUAUGCUUUGCUUCACCUUGCUGGAUAUGACUCUGUCAAGGAGGAAGAUUUGAAGCAGUUCCGCCAAUGGGGAAGCAAAACUCCGGGUCAUCCUGAGAACUUUGAGACACCUGGUGUUGAAGUCACCACUGGUCCGCUUGGCCAAGGUAUUGCAAAUGCUGUUGGUUUAGCCCUUGCUGAGAAACACUUGGCUGCUCGUUACAACAAACCGGAUGCCGAGAUUGUUGACCACUACACAUAUGUUAUCCUUGGUGAUGGAUGUCAAAUGGAGGGGGUCUCAAAUGAAGUUAGCUCCCUUGCUGGCCACUGGGGACUUGGAAAGCUGAUUGCCUUCUAUGAUGAUAACCAUAUUUCAAUUGAUGGUGAUACUGAAAUUGCUUUUACCGAGAGUGUCGAACUCCGGUUUGAGGCUCUUGGAUGGCAUGUUAUCUGGGUCAAGAAUGGUAAUACAGGUUAUGAUGAAAUUCGUGCUGCCAUCAAGGAAGCAAAGGCUGUAAAAGACAAGCCUACCUUGAUCAAGGUUACCACAACAAUUGGUUAUGGAUCCCCCAACAAGGCAAACUCAUACAGUGUACAUGGCAGUGCGUUGGGUGCCAAGGAAGUAGAGGCCACUAGGCAGAACCUUGGAUGGCCUUAUGAGCCUUUCCAUGUUCCUGAGGAUGUCAAGAAACACUGGAGCCGCCAUGUUCCUGUGGGUGCUGCUUAUGAAGCUGAAUGGAAUGCCAAAUUUGCUGAAUAUGAAAAAAAAUAUCCAGAAGAAGCUGCUGAGUUGAAGUCCCUCAUAACUGGUGAAUUGCCAGCUGGAUGGGAGAAAGCGCUUCCUGCAUACACUCCUGAGAGCCCAGCUGAUGCCACCAGAAACCUGUCUCAGCAAAAUCUUAAUGCCCUUGUUAAGGUUCUCCCUGGUCUGCUUGGUGGGAGUGCUGAUCUUGCCUCCUCUAACAUGACCCUUCUUAAAAUGUAUGGUGACUUCCAAACGAAGACACCAGAAGAACGUAAUGUUAGGUUUGGUGUACGUGAGCAUGGUAUGGGAUCCAUCUGUAAUGGGAUUGCUCUCCACAGCCCUGGCCUACUUCCCUACUGUGCAACUUUCUUUGUGUUCACUGACUACAUGAGAGCUGCCAUUAGGAUAUCUGCCUUGUCUGAGGCCGGUGUUAUCUACGUGAUGACUCAUGAUUCAAUUGGGCUGGGAGAAGAUGGACCCACCCAUCAGCCAAUUGAGCACUUGGCAAGUUUUCGGGCAAUGCCUAAUAUUUUGAUGUUGCGUCCAGCUGAUGGCAAUGAGACAGCUGGUUCUUACAAGGUAGCUGUCCUCAAUAGGAAGAGACCAUCAAUCCUUGCUCUCUCAAGGCAAAAGUUGCCCCAACUUGCUGGAACUUCUAUUGAAGGAGUGGCAAAGGGUGGCUACAUUAUAUCAGACAACUCUUCAGGCAACAAGCCUGAUGUGAUCUUGAUUGGAACUGGUUCAGAGUUGGAAAUUGCAGCCAAAGCUGCUGAUGAACUAAGAAAGGAAGGGAAGGCCGUCAGAGUUGUCUCUCUUGUUUCAUGGGAGCUUUUUGAUGAGCAAUCAGCUGAGUACAAGGAAAGUGUCUUUCCAGCGGCUGUAACAGCUAGGGUUAGCAUCGAGGCUGGAUCAACAUUCGGAUGGGAAAAGAUUGUUGGACCUAAAGGAAAAGCAAUCGGAAUUGACCGAUUUGGUGCUAGUGCUCCUGCAGGAAAAAUAUACAAGGAGCUUGGCAUUACAGCAGAGGCUGUUGUAGCUGCAGCGAAAAGUGUUUCUUAGGCUUCAGAAAAUGGGAUUUCCAGUUGCUCGUUCUGUGCUGAGGUAUUUUGGAUUCGUUAUAUGGGGCAUGCAGUUUACAGCAAAAACCCUUGGUGAGGUACUUGGCUCAAUUGACUGCCAUUUGACAUUUCAUAAUAAGAGAAGAAAUAUUUCUUGCUUUAGCAGCUGCCUUCAUCGGUGGAGCAAUUUGAGGCUGCAGAGAGGAGGCAGUUUAGGAUGCUUCUGAACUUGUACACUGGAACAUGGUUUUUGUAAUUUGAUGUGGUUAUUUGAUUGGAGGUCCUUUUUGUUUGUUUGUUUGUUUUUUUUCCUCUUUAUUAUGUUUUCUCAUGUUUUAAUAGAUAAAUGAGACUAAUAAGCUCUCCUCCACAUUGCCAUGUAUCAUCAAAACUGCUCGCAGAGUCUUUGAAUGGUGAGUAGCUUUUCUGAGUCA